GUGGGCGUUGGACUCUUCGCAAGGACCCCGGCGGCGGGCCCCGGGGAGGCGGCCGAGGCGGCGGCGGCCGGGGGCGACAUGGCGGAGGAGCAGGACCUGUCCGAGGUGGAGCUGAGCCCCGUGGGCUCCGAGGAGCCCCGCUGCCUGUCCCCGGGGAGCGCGCCCUCGCUGGGGCCCGACGGCGGCGGCGGCGGAUCGGGCCUGCGAGCCAGCCCGGGGCCCGGCGAGCUGGGCAAGGUCAAGAAGGAGCAGCAGGACGGCGAAGCGGACGAUGACAAGUUCCCCGUUUGCAUCCGCGAGGCCGUCAGCCAGGUGCUGAGCGGCUACGACUGGACGCUGGUGCCCAUGCCCGUGCGCGUCAACGGCGCCAGCAAGAGCAAACCGCACGUCAAGCGGCCCAUGAACGCCUUCAUGGUGUGGGCGCAGGCGGCGCGCAGGAAGCUGGCAGACCAGUACCCGCACCUACACAACGCGGAGCUCAGCAAGACGCUGGGCAAGCUCUGGAGGCUGCUGAACGAGAGCGACAAGCGCCCCUUCAUUGAGGAGGCUGAGCGGCUCCGGAUGCAGCACAAGAAGGACCACCCAGACUACAAGUACCAGCCCCGGAGGCGGAAGAAUGGGAAGGCGGCCCAGGGGGAGUCAGAGUGUCCCGGGGGCGAGGCUGAGCAGGGCGGGGCUGCGGCCAUCCAGGCCCACUACAAGAGCGCCCACCUGGACCACCGGCACCCGGGAGAGGGCUCCCCCAUGUCCGACGGGAACCCUGAGCACCCCUCAGGCCAGAGCCAUGGCCCACCUACCCCUCCGACCACCCCAAAGACAGAGCUGCAGUCGGGCAAGGCAGACCCCAAGCGGGAUGGGCGCUCCAUGGGGGAGGGCGGGAAGCCUCACAUCGACUUCGGCAACGUGGACAUCGGUGAGAUCAGCCAUGAGGUAAUGUCCAACAUGGAGACCUUUGAUGUGGCUGAGUUGGACCAGUACCUGCCACCCAACGGGCACCCGGGCCACGUGGGCAGCUACUCGGCAGCUGGCUACGGGCUGGGCAGCGCCCUGGCUGUGGCCAGUGGACACUCCGCCUGGAUCUCCAAGCCACCAGGCGUGGCUCUGCCCACGGUCUCACCACCCGGUGUGGAUGCCAAAGCCCAGGUGAAGACGGAGACCGCGGGGCCCCAGGGCCCCCCACACUACACCGACCAGCCAUCCACCUCGCAGAUCGCCUACACCUCCCUCAGCCUGCCCCACUAUGGAUCCGCUUUUCCCUCCAUCUCCCGCCCCCAGUUUGACUACUCUGACCAUCAGCCCUCAGGACCCUAUUAUGGCCAUUCGGGCCAGGCCUCUGGCCUCUAUUCGGCCUUCUCCUACAUGGGGCCCUCGCAGCGGCCCCUCUACACGGCCAUCUCUGACCCCAGCCCCUCAGGGCCCCAGUCCCACAGCCCCACACACUGGGAGCAGCCAGUAUAUACAACGCUGUCCCGGCCUUAAAGGGGGCCCAGUCAUCACCACCACCCUGCCCGGCCCGUCUGGGUAGCACGCCCCUUCCCCCAG